AUGGCUUCCGAGAGGAGAGCGAGCGGCGAGGAGUGCCUGCAAGAUGGCACCUGCGACGUGUGCGAGCCCGACGAGGCGCAGAGGGCCGUGCAGGCCUGCGAGGACUGCGGCUUCUCCUUCUGCGGGCCUCACGCCCAGGAGCACAGCCGCAAGUACGGCGCCCACCGGACGGCUGGCGUGGCCGCUGCGGAGCCGGCGGGCAGGGAGGCCGCGGAGCCGGAGCGGGUGGUCGGAGAAGGGGAGCGCAAGGCGGAGCGCAGGAAGUGCGAGGAGCACGGCGAAGACCUCAGCUUGUACUGCAAGGAGCACGAGAAGAUCAUCUGCGUGCUGUGCGCCGUCUCGGGCUCCCACCAGCAGCACGAGAUCAUCACGCUCAACGACGCCUACGAAGCCGUCCGGAACAGAGAACAUGUGGACCUGAAGGUGGCCAUGCUAGAUAUGGUGGAAAGGUUAAAGUUCAAGUGCGCAGACCCCAAAGUGACGCAGAGUGCCAUGAAGCUGUGCAUUCAGCAAGAGUUUGACAAAGUACGGUGCCUGGUUUGUGAAGAGGAACACAGAGCUCUCCACUUGGUGGAUCUCCAAGAAGCACUGGCCACUGCUCACACGACAGAAGUUCUGGCAGAAAUUGAUGUUCGCAUGGAAAAAUUGAUGACUGAAAUGGCAGAGCUCACAAGGCAGCUGAACACCUUUAAUGAGCUAGCCAUGCUCAAGCCUGAGAGCACAGAUGAAGAAAACAGGGCUGACUCUCUCCCUUCACCAAGUCCUCCCCAAAGGAAUAGGCGAUACAACGAUGACGAUCCUUCGCCUGCCAAUGGACCCUGUUGAAUCAGCAAAGGUUGUUGAGCUUCUGAGGACAUGGUGCAGGAAUUUCCCCUUGCAGAGGAUGGUCCUACACUGAAAACUCCUGCGGUGAAGAAGUCCUUGGAAGAUGAUCUGAAUCUUUGCCAGAAACAACAGUCGCCUUCUGCUUUUACAGCAUGCUUCUCCUGCCUCCGAGACAACCUGUCUCUUCUCCCAGACACAUCCUUUGCAAGCACACUUCUUUUCACGCCUAAUGAUUUAUUCAAUCAUCAAUCACCUUAUUUCUACGGGUUGACAAACAAUCUUCUCAAAGACAAGACUGAAAACGUGGUGCUUACGAUGAAUAUAAAAUGCCAUCACAGUAAAAAGUGGAAAUAACAUGCUCAUAUUUUCAUUUUAGUUGCAAGGUCCUCGACUAGGUUUCAAUCAUUCAGUGCAGCUAAGAUGGGGGAAAAUAAAAGUUUGCUUUUUAAAAAUUAGGCUUUCAAGAUAUAUUUGAGAAUAAAAUUUUAAUUAACUGUAAAAGAUGCUUUUGGUAUAAAUAACCUUUGGAACAGUGUUAUUUUAUUUUUAGUACAUAUAUGCAUCAGACACAAGCUACAGACCUUUAGCAUCAUAACUCUCAUUAUGGGUUUCUGUGAGAUUUUGAAAACCUGAAAAACUACAAUGUGGGAUGACCAAUAUAUUAAACUUCACAAUUCUUUUUAAAGGUUUUGUUUUGUUUUGUUUUUUGCCUUCUGGCUUCUGACCUUGAAGUGUCGACAUGUCUUUUUUGAUAAUUUAUUCCUCAAGCUUUUCUGUAUACAAUUAAUAGGAGUUUUACCGGCUGAUGUGUACCUAUAUAUCAACCCAAGUGAUUUGAGCAGUUUUUCUAGUAUACUGGAAAGAAUUGUUAUUGCUCUAGGCAAGUAGGAAUAAUUAUAAUGUAUGUUGUAGUACGAAUGAUGAUAAUAAAGUGGCAAAACCAGAAUCAUCUGUGAAUGCACACCGUAUUAGAUCUUGAGAUGUCCUUCCAUUUCAGUCAGGCUGUUUGCUAGAAGCACACUGCAGUUGCAGACCCUGAGGGUUAGAUACAGGGGCGCCUCUAGGUUCUUAAAAGCCUCAAGGGCAUAGGCCCAUGAUGUGAAUUUGCAUAUGCUAAUUUAAACAGAGGCCUCUGAGCAAAUUAAGAUGAUUGGCGGCUGGGGUCUCGCCAGCACUGUGCCCUUUGCAACGUACACAGCUGUCCUGUAGGUGAAGUAAAAGAAUUAGUUUUCAAAAUUUGAAGGUGGUACAUCAUGGUGUUUGGAACUGGCACUUAUUAUGGGAAAGGACCAUAGCAGAGCACAUCCUUCACAAGCUGAAGGUCCCAGCUCUGAAUGGCAUCUCCAGGUAAGGCUGACAGAAACCCCUGUCUGAAAACCUUGGAGAGCUUCUGCCCAUCAACUUAGACUACGCUAGGUGGACCAGUGCUCUGGCUUCGCAUAAGGCAGCUUCCUAUGUUGUUUUGAUUACUUCCUAUUUGUUUAAGUCUCCUUGAGUGGACUUUCUACCCUGAAAGGUGGCCUAAAAAUAUUCUUAAAAUUAUCUUGGAACUUGAGAGCAAUAAACUUGUGAGCCUUAUGAGGGAAAGGUAGAAGCAAAUGUUUUCCCACAUAGGAAAUGUUUGAGGAAGCUGCAUAACUGAUUAUUUAGAGAAAGGAUUUGGGAGUGUUGUGGUAUUUUUUUAAGGAAUGGUACACAAACCAUCAAGGAAGUGCAAGGAUGGUGGUUUCUAAUUAUAGCAAGUUAGACUUCUCAAGUUAAUGCUUUCUAACUAGAACAGAGGCUCAGUGAAGAAAGGAGCCCCCUAGAAAAAGUUCAAAUCUUCUUCAGAAGACUACGAAGGUGCACAUAUCUGAAAGGACUCAUUGGCCAGCAUCCAUGCAGCGGUGGUUGAGGAAAGUGGUGUGCUGGUGUCCUGAGUGCUGCUAUCAUCGAGUAACAAGGGGAAAGAGGGACUGUUAUGCUGCAAGUAGAUAGCAGAGCUGCAUGGUGGAGAAAGCAUCCCAUAAAGUCCAGUGUAGAUGGAUGACAUCAGCACACCUUGAAACCCCCUCACGCAUUGUUCUGUGAACUUUCCUUCACAAUGCAGCCUUGGCUCCCCCCCUGCCCUGCCCUCCCCCCACUACCUGUUACAAAAAUGUCUUUUUCAUGAUCUGUUUUUAAUUUUUAUUGAUAAUAUACAUAUGCCUUCUGCCAUGCUAAAGGCAGGUAAGCUGAAAGCGAUAUGGAAGCAAUGGUUUAAAUGUGCAUUUCCAGGUAAUUAGCCCAAUGUCCUUUGCUAUGGAAAUCACUUGGUGAGAUGCCAGUACAUUUUGAAAUGGCCGUCCCUGGCCCAAACCAAUUACCCCUGCCUUAUCAAUGAGGCGGACACUUGGAAGUGAUAAACUCUGCAAGUCCAGACUCCUUAAUGUUUUAAGGAAACACAGCUGGGAAAUCUCUUUAGCACAGUAAGUGAAGGCUAUUUUUUUAUUUAAAAAAUAGUCAUGGCCACCUGACUUGCACUGAAGUUAGCAUCUUAAAUUGGUUCAGUUCCUAGAAGACAGCUCCCAUGGGGCUAAUAUAUAUAUCCCCUUUCCUGGGAUCUUUUGUGGGUGGGGCAGGAAUGCUUUGUUUUUUUUGUUUUUGCUUUUGCUUAUAGAUGCUGUCAGAAUUCCAAGCAGAAAUUUUUGUCCAUCUGAUUGCUAAAAUAUGCAGUUCAGACUGUCUGUCUGGCAUAUAACAACCCCAUUGUAAGGCUUGUCUAUUGAAGUUAGCUUUUUGUUUCUUUUCUACUGUUUCUAGUGUCUUCCAUACACAAUUGCCUGUGUUAUGUUAUGAUUUGCCUAUAUCUCUCCAUUAUCAAUAAAAACAAUUUUCUCCA